CUGCGUUUCUCCCCUUGGCGGCUGGUAACGCGUCGCGGUUAAAACGCUGAGUGUUGUAGUCACGCGGGGCUUUUUUGUUUGCUUUUUAAAAGUGUCUGUGAGCCAGAAAGCCUCGAUGGAUGCCAUUUUGGAAGCGAGCCUGCGUUGCACUAGUGCUGAGAAGGUGCAGCCUGCGGGGCCGGGGGGAAGCCUCCCUUCAGGGAGCGUGUUCUUGAGCGUAGGCUUUUCAUAAUAUAACCUCACUUUUUAUUAAGAUCACAGUGCCAGCUACACGAAGAUAAAUCCUAUUCCUGGAAUUAAUGAGCACACUGCCAGUAGGAUGUUCUGAUGCCAAAAACAGGCAUUGUCACUGCAGAAGGAGAUGAGGACACUGGUACAGGGAAGCUGGAUGACCCUGGAAAAAAUAGGGUCAAGUGCGAUAGUAAAAAUAGAAGGUUAUGCUCUUGUGAACUGAUGACAGAAAUUUUGAGUUGGUCAGUCCUGGUUUGUAGCAGGAAGAACUUAAAUGGAAAACACUUGCAAGUGCUACCUGGUCAUAGGCAUAUGAGUCUUUAGGGCGAUGCUGCUGUGAGAAGGGGAAUCCUGAAAUACGUCAGAAGAAUAUGUCAGAAUACACUACUGUACGGUAGGAAUCUGAAUCCAAGAAGCUAGAAUAAACCAAAAGGACUACUAAGGAUGAUGAGAAUGGCAAGUGGCUGCCCAAGGGAGACUGUAAGAAUUUGGCUUGUUUGGCCUUGCAAAGAUGAUAUGAUCAAGUGCUGAUAGAUAAAUGUUUGUCUUCUGGCUCCUUAGCUUAAUUAAGUCAAUGUAAAACAGGAACGACUGAUAUGAACUGGCAAUGAAUAUAUUACGUUUGAAAACUUUUUGAAUAUUUAAGUCUUUUGCCUAUAAUACUUUAUGAGGCAGAGAGGAAGAUGUCUGUCUACUUUAAAAAUGAAGCUAGAUCAGUUCAUGUGCAGGAGAGGGUUCUGUGGGCUCCUGUGAUACCUGGGAGGCUGCACUCAGUGGUGUUACCGAAACACGGGUUUUACACAAGUUCAGUAUUUUUGACGAUAAGAAUAACUGCACUUCUCUCCCUGUUACUUACUAAAGAAAUGAGUAAUCUCUUGCUCGCAAAAGAAUGUUUUAAAUAGUUGGCUACAGUAUACUGUAACCAUGUUUUAAAUUAAUCCUUUAAAGUAAAUCUCUCUGUUGCAGGGAGGUAAGUCCUGACUAAGUUCACCUUGCCUAAAUCAGUAGCAAGGAUUAUUACUUUAUCUUUUCCAUGUUGAUGAUACAAGCCCUGUCCGAAUGUCAGUGUUAUGUGUAAUACAAAUUUCUGCGGUGUGAUAAUUGAACAAGUAUCUACCAAUAAUUGUGGAGGUGGGUAUUGUGCAACCAUGGGAAGUAAAAUCAGAAGAAGACUUGUGAAAAAUGCCUGAAAUACGACUGCCUAGCCAAAUUGCUGUGAAGAUCUAAGGUUAGGAUUUAGAGCUGGGAGGACUUGUAAAUUAGCAAAAUAAGGUUAGUGUCUGGUAAAGGUUACUUGGAUGUGUAGAGUAUCUUUCAACUUGUCAUAACAAAUCUGUUGUGAUCUGUGCUUCAAAAUCUACAUUCCAUCUGUUAUAAAAGCUUCUUACUCAUGUUUAUAAAGCCUUUAAGCACUUGGUAUUAUUUUACAGCUUAGUUUUUUUACUGAACUAUUACAGAAGUUGAAGUGUGAUUUAUUAAGGUCUUGGGAUGCUCUUAUAGAAGCAUGUUAUCAGGCAUCUAGACAAUUGGUAGAAAUUUAGCAUUCAGGUAGUUUUGAAAAAUCUGACUGUGGUUUGCGUAUUAAGUGCUUGAAUGUAUUUCUGAUUGCACUGUCAUCUGAUGGGUCAUGAUGUUAAAUUUUACCCACUUAGAAUAACUUCUUACUUAUUCCUAAGUAAGGCUAAUUGCUGCUUACUAAGCUUAUUGGUUUCCUCUGCAAUGAAGGGUACUAAACCUAGUUUUUAAUUAAAGGCAAAUCUUUCUUUCCGAAGGAAGAAGUUUGGUAUCUUCCAGUUUGGUAUCUGAUCAAAGUGUUUUGGGGUAAAUUGGAGGUUAAAAAAAUUAAUUUGGGGUGGCAGGACUGGAACAACUAGAUUUUUGAGUCAUGUACCUCUCUUCUGGGCAGUGGCUCUCUAGGGUGCAAAAAUAAUCAUAGUAACUAUUCAGCCUUCAGCAACAAUGCCACACUAUUUUAAAGCUAAUUUGAGAUCCUUAGGUUAAUGCUAUCUAGAUUGAGGCGUUGAAUCCACAGUCACAAGGGAGAUAAAACAGGCCCAUUAACGAAUGGCUUGUCCAUGGGAAAAUCUGCUGCCUCUGCAGAAGGAUGCUUAGAAGGGUAGAGGAAAGUUAAAACCUUAUAUGAAAGCUCCCUGUCUGGAGAAUUAUUCCAGAGGGUUUUUUGGUAAAAUGGAAGCUGAUCGACUUUGUCAGGAGACUCAGAACUUCUUGAGUAUGGUAUAACAUAGCAGGGCUGAGUAUCUGGAACUAGAACUGAAACAUUGCUUGAAGGGAAUGUUAUUUUCUGCAUAGAAUAUGUUAAAUUGAAAGGUGGUUUGAGGGAAAGCAAAAUGUUUGAAGUGUGUCACUAAACCAGUUUGUGAUAUUCCUGAAGGACAAAAGAAAGUAAUACUCCAAAAGCAAGAUAAAAGCAGGUCUGAACAGAGUUUUUAGGUUCUGGCCAGCUGUAGUUAGGUGAGAAGAACAGAUCUAAGCAGUGUCACGGCAGCUGUUGUACGUACUUUUUCUUUGUUUCACAUAGGAUGAUUAUUGCAUUUUGUGAUUUCUUUAUGUAUGGCCCGACCCAAGUAAACGUGAAGCGGCUGGAUAUCUGCCUGAACAAAGUAGCUAGGAAAUCAGUGGUGUAAUAUCAGCGUUUCACCACUCACUCUGCUUGUUCCCACUGUCAUCUCGCUAAGGAAAUCAGGUGUGGAGCCCAAACAGGGCAUGCUCCAGUAACCCUUACCGGAAUAAUGGUCUCGGGGAUGACAUCGUAGGCUGUUGUGCCUGGCACUGGGGACUUGGCUGGCCUCCUAGUCAGACUUAGGAAACUGAAAAAAGACUUACAGCUACACUGAGCAUCGGAUUUUCCUUUUGCUAAUAGUUUGCUUUUUAAUUUUUUGCUUAGAACAGGUGCCUGAUGUUUUGACUGAGACCAGAAGAUUUCAGGUCCUCUGUGAACAAGUUACAUUGCCGUCUUUUUUUGUGUACAUGUGAUAAGGCCACUGAGGUAGACUAUGGAGAGCACAGGAUGGAAAACUUAAUGCACCAAUGAGGAAGGGUUUGAAAACGUCACAGAAAUUCUACUGCUGUCCUAUUGAAGGCUGCCCUAGAGGACCAAACAGACCAUUUUCCCAAUUUUCUCUUGUAAAACAGCACUUUAUGAAGAUGCAUGCUGAAAAGAAGCACAAAUGUGACAAAUGUAGUAACUCCUAUGGUACAGAAUGGUACUUGAAACGGCAUAUAGAGGACUGUGGCAAGACUUUCCAGUGUACUUGUGGGUGCCCUUAUGCCAGCAGAACAGCAUUGCUGUCUCAUAUUUACAGAACUGGCCAUGAAAUUCCUGCAGAACACAGGGAUCCUCCUGGUAAGAAAAGGAAAAUGGAAACCUCGAUACAUAAUCAGCACUUGGCAGAGAAAGCAAAUGAAGCAUUCAUCAAUACACACAACAGUAGUCCUGGCACUCAGGAAGUGGACUCAUCUGAAGUGAAAUUAGUAGCCCCUUUUGAAGGCUCCUGCAGUUCAAACUUUGCUAAGCAAAUGCAGCCAAAAUGUACACCGAAGAUGCUUUUACCAAAGCCCAAAGUGGCUUUGGUUAAACUUCCAGUGAUGCAGCUUGCUCACUUGCCUAUAUUUGUAUCUGCAACAGACUCUUCUGUCAAACCUGUUGUAGUGGCUGUUGAUAAUCAAGGGUCAGUUAUGAGUACUGUUCACUUACUGCCUCAAUCUGUAGGAAUUCUGAUUCCAGCACUGGAGGCAGAAACACUUGUAUUUAAAGACACUAUGCCUGUUUCGAAAGUGACAAAUUCUGGUGAUAAUGAACCAGUAAGUACUGGUGUACAAGUUGACAUGGAUAAGGUUACAUCAACUAACGCAGGACAAAUGCUGGGGAAUGUUUGCCACAGGAAUAAAAUUUCUUCCAUAAAUGUACAGACUGACUUAUCUUAUAUUUCACAGCACUUUGUACCAACUGCAGCCUGGACUCCUGAUUCUUCUGUAUCUUCUUGCUCUCAGACAGAUCUGUCGUUCAGUUCGCAGGUGUCAUUACCCAUCAGUGUACAAACACAGACACUGCUGCCUGCUUCUAAACUGACUUCAUCCAUAGCUGCUCAGACUGAUGCUUUUAGUCAGGCUUGUUUUCCAACGUGUGGUAUUUCUAGAGAGACUCAAACUAAUCGAACACAGAACUCUAUAGAUGGAAGAGUGCAAAUGGACCAGGCCGUAAUGUGCAGUGACAUCUUUGACAAUGUUCAUUCGUCAUACAACGUUUCCACUCAGAUUGGACUUGCAGAGAACAAUUUAAUGACUGCAAAUAUAGAUGAAGCUUUGCUGCAAAGGAGUAAUUGCAAGAGCCUGAAUCAAGAUACAGUGAAGUCAGAAUCCAUUAUCACCUUCAAUACACAGACUAAUAUACUUCCACCUCAAAAUACAAUGGAUAAUCAAACCCAGACAAUGGACUUACUGAGUGAUCUGGAAAACAUCUUUUCAGGAAACAUGUCUGGCCAGACACUGGAUAAUCGUGGCCUUUUGUCUGACGCUGGUUCUAAUGCUGACACGCAUCUGCCAUCUGGCCCAUCGCAGAGCACAGGAAUAGACUUUGAUAUUGAAGAGUUUUUUUCAGCGUCCAAUAUCCAAACUCAAACUGAAGAGAGUGAGCUUGGUACCCUAAACUCUGAGCCUGUUUUGGAGUCUCUGGACAUCGAAACUCAGACUGAUUUCUUAUUUUCAGACAGUGCCACACAAUCGUAUAGCUGCAGAGGAAAUUCUAACUUCCUAGGUUUGGAGAUGUUUGAUACGCAGACACAGACAGACUUGAAUUUCUUUUUAGACACUAAUAGCCAUCUGCCUUUAGGCAGUAUUCUGAAGCAGUCCAGUUUCUCCAUGAGUACUGACUCAUCUGAUACAGAAACCCAGACAGAAGUGUAUCCUGCCACUAAAAAUAUACCUAGCCAGAACAUAGAAAGCAAAGUCCAGCUGAAUAGCGCUGAAACGCAGACUAUGGAUAGUUGCUUUGAGAACCUUGGGAAUUUAUUCCUUACCAGCAAUGAGACACAGACAGCAAUGGAUGACUUUCUUCUGGCCGACUUAGCCUGGAAUACAAUGGAGUCCCAGUUCAGCUCGGUAGAAACGCAGACCUGUGAAGAGCUGUGCUCCUUGUUUCAGAGCGCUGACAAGUCCAGCUGUUGAGUGCUGUGUAACAAACCGUUUCCUGUGGUGUGAAAUUAAGUUAUUGGGGUGGGAGAGGUGGAUUGACCAAGUCGUCCACUUUGCGUUGUUGAAUGUAGUUGUCAUGCGCAGUUGGCCUAAGAGGCUUUUCAUGCUGAAGGUACUCUAUUGAAUAUGUAACUUCAACAUAAACUCUGUGGGCAUAAAUGUAUGUGUGGUUUUUUUUGUUGUUUGUUUUUUGUAACUUGUUAAUGUACAUUUGAAACUUAAAAAAUUUUGUGGUGCCUAUGUUUUCUGCUCAGAUUUCAUUGCAGAGUUGAUACUGCUUUAAUUUAAACUGAAAAACCUUUGCAGUUUUCCUGUAUCUGUUUAUUUCUGGCAUACAUAUAGGGUUCCAGUGUCCUGGACCAAAACCUGGCCUGUCCCAUUCAGAUGCUUCCCUGAACUUAUGGGGAAGGAUUCUCUUGGUGUAAGCUACUUUCGUUUACUUUUUUUUCGUAGCUUGUAUUUUGAAUUUGGCAUGGAUAUGCCAGUGUAAGCCGUACUGGCUUCUUCUAUUCUAUGCCUUCCCAGCUCUUACUCCUGUGUAAGUUGGUAUUUUCCAAGCACCCGUCCAACAGACUAGCUUUGAUACUAUUCACUCAGUUGUAGAUCUUUAGAAGUAUCUAUUCAUUGCCACCUGUACCACUUACUGCACUCUUUGGUGAGAUUCAUCUUUAGCUUUAUUAAUGUAGACUGUUGAAUAUAUUUAUUAUUAAAAAUAUGUAGAAAGCAAUAGGUUUUUUUCUUCUCAAGUGGCACUGAUGCCCCUUUGAAGGGUAGGAAAAGAACUUGGAAUACACAGUUAUAGGGAAAAUUAGCAUGCUGUUCUUUUAACUUGUGUACUAAAAUAUUUUUAGUCUUCAGGAGAGAUUUGCUUAAAUCGUCUGUGAUUGUAAGACACUAAUGUUAAAAUGCGUGUGCCUGAAAGACUGGAAUAACUUGGUUUUACUGAAACUCCCCUAGCUCUAUCAAGAUACAGCUUGAGAAAUCUUACAAUGGUUUAUACUACAAUUACCUUAAGAAAAAUCUUCAGAAAUGGGAAUUUAAAUUCUCUGAAAUGCGUCCUCACCUGGACUCCUAUUCUUGGACUUGCUGCUUCUGAAAAACAGUGCCCGUUGGAACCUGUAGAGAGCUGGGAGAGCAGCUCCCAGAAGCCCUUUUGGAAGAGGUGUGUCCUGCUUUUGCACAUUGAUCUGCAGCCCUCAGUGCCGGCAGCUUUUUGGAAAGUUUUCUGAAUAUAAUCAAAUUUAAACAGCCUGAUCUGUUGAAGAGAAAUAUAUGACCUCUUGGAUUUUUUUUCUUUAAUGUUCAUCUUACCCCUUGUACCAAGCUUGUGGUAGAUGGAAUUGCAUGAAAAAAGUUAAGCCAGUUGUGAAUGUAACCUGGAAUUUGGCCUUAACUGCUUUUUAUCUUUUACUAUAAUAGCAGUAAAACGGAGGCCUCUGGUUUUGUCUUGGACAAGUUCUAGUUUCCGUUACCUUAAAUGACAAAAGCAACUUGGUGUCAAACUCCUGGGCCUAUAAUAGACUUUACUUCCCUAGUGUAGGGGAGAGGUAUUGGCUACCUAUAUACUAGGCAGCCCACCUGUGAUAUCUGUCCAAGCCUUAGUUUUUAAAACUCGCUAUGCUCUGUGUUUUGCUUCGUCUCCUCGAUUCAAGGAUGUGGGAGUUAGGUUACUCAUCCAGUGUAGCUGGUGUCUUUUGUUUGAAAUGAGCAAUACCUUUCAACUUCUUGUCUCUUCCUACCACUCUUUAACUCGUCAUAGUUAAAUCAACACACUAGUAUGGUAAGAAUCUCUGUGUACGCUUGCAACCGUCUCUGUAAAUUAGCCCAGAAAGUUGUGUCCUGUUUUUUCAGCAUUUCUGGGUGAGAGCUUGGAGACUUCCACAGUCUUUGGUUAAAGAAACUGCACAAAGGAACCUUGUAGUUCUCUCAGGAGUAUAGUAAUUUUGUUUUUGGUAAAGGUCAUUCCCCCCAAGUUUCUCAAUGUCUGGAUUUUCUGAUCUUAAACAUGGGAGGUUGGGGGGGGGAACCUUGCUUUUAAUGCCGUCUUUUCUGAAGAUAUGACUGAUCCAUAUUUGCUUAUCUACUUCCAAAUUGAGAAAUAAGAUAAAUGACAAAAUUAGGGUAAUUUAUUCUAUUGCAGUAUUUUUCUAGUAAUGUUGCUACUUUGGGUUUUCGAGUGUUUUUCUCCUCCCUGCUUCCCUGGCUGGAAUACAAGAGAAUACUUCUUCAUGCACAGGCUUCUGUAUUUUCCUUGUGCAAGUUGCCUGUACUGACAUAUGAAAGGGAAGCAGCUGUUAUAAAUCUGGUUUUUAGAUUAUUGCUUUAAAGGAAAUUGACAGUUAGGGAGAACUGUGUGUUUUCCACAACUGUAGAAGGCAGAAGUGAGAGACUCUUCAUUACCUCUGAAUUAGGAAACCAGAGUCUUUCUGCAAGAGAAGGAAUCUUAACUGAUGAGGAGCAGAAUUACGGAAGGUUUCAGAUUCUAGCCAUAGCCAUCGGAGAUGCUAGCUAGCAUUUCAAAAACUUUGAAACUAAUUUACAAGUCAGAAUGAGAAUCACCUUGUUUUCAGCAUGUAAGCCAAAGCUCUUAACAUCCGUGACUAGCAGAAAAAAUGUAAGGUUUGUAUGGACACAAAAUACUACAAUGUGAUCAUUACUCAUUUAUUCUGUUUUGUAAUUGAAAGUGUUUAUGAGCUUUCUGUGUUCUGUUGAAAUACAAAAGUACCAUUCCCCUCCCUCAGCUAAAUUUAAUUAGGUUAACACAGUACUGCAGCAUGAAAUUAUUUAAUGAAAAUGCAGCAUUAAGAAAGCAGUUAAGCAUGCCUGCAUUGCCCUAUGGAAUUUGCUCAUUUUGACCAAGAUUAAUUUUUUUUCACAAAUUUGAUGAGUUAUUUAAAGUCAAACAAAAAUGAUAAAUAUACAUAUAUUAGAAAAUGCUUUGGAUUCUAGAUUGCUAGCACAUGUCCUCAUUUAGGAUUUAUUAAAUAUUAAAAAAAAUGUAAAGACUGCAAUCGGAGUGUUCAUAGUUAGUUCUGUUGAAUUCUAGAGUGAACCUAAUGAAACUUCAUCUGAAAUACUGUUGCUAAAUACUUGUAAUUCUUCAAAAUUAAAAGGUUUCUUCUUUACAAUAGCUAGUUUUCUGUUGUGGCCUUUGUUUUGUAGAAUUAACUUUAGUCAGAACUCUUUCUUAAUAGCAGUAAGAUUGUAUUUAUCUUCCUCUUCUUUGUCUCUGAUUUGAUUUUCAAGGCACUGUCUCUAUUAUAUGAGUUAAUAGUGACUUGUUAUUUUGCUAAUUCUCUUUUAUGUGAGUAGUCUAUCCUCUACCACCAUUUGAACUAAGAUAUAGGAAAAGUAACAUCAGAUUGUCCAUAGCCUCUUAGUACAAGUUUUUAUUUAGAAGUGAUAACUAAUAUUACUUGCCCUUACUCUUUGCAAUUCCUGCUUAAUUCUAAAUUAUGCUGUGAUUGUUGGGUCUCUCAUUCCUGUGUAAUACUACUCUAAAAUUAAAUCAGUCUGUAGUUUUGUAGGCUCAUUUGAGCUUUUCUUUAUUACUUAAAGAAAAAGUUAGUCUAAGACUUUCCAAUAUGUAUCAACCUGCUGCUUCACCAAGUUCAGCAGUUUGUGUCUGCGAAAGAUAGUAGCCCAGUACUUCAGAGAAAAAUGGAAAAUGCCUCUAGAGGCCGUUAACAAGUUACUGCAAUUGAUAAGACUGUUUUCAAACACUUCACUGGACUUGUGAUUCAUUUGGUUGUCAGAAAAAGCUUUCCUCAUCUCAUGCCCAGAGAGGUUGUGGAGUCUCCAUCCCUGGAGAUGGUCAAAAGCCUGGACACGGUCCUGGGCAGCGUGCUGUAGGUGACCCUGCUUGAGCAGGGGGGUUGCACUAGAUGAUCUCCAGACGUCCCUUCAAACCUCAGCCGUUCUGUGAUUCUGUCAUGCAUUCAGUGUACUGUGAUUUCAGCCUUACUGAGACUGCGGUAUUCUGUGGAGAGCUGGUCAGGAAAGGUGAAUUUGCUAGCUGUGCCAGCUAAUGGAUCCAGCUUGUUCUAAGUAACUUCAGAAUAAACAUGGCAUCAGUCUCUUACAGUUCUUUGGAUAGAUGAAGAUAAACAUAACAGUGGCAGAUAUUCUUUAAUAGUUUUUUUGUGAUGUUUAAGAAUAAUGCAAUUAUGUACACAUUUAAGAAUUUAAGUGUACAACUUAAAGGUAGCUUUCUGGAAAAAUGGAUAUAUUUUAUGCCUGUUUGGUAGAGUAGUGCAGUGGCAGAUGUGAGCCUCUAUUGGCUAUUUGCACAUGUGUGUUUAUGCAAAAUUGAGUAGAUUGACUUGAAACUUUUGGCUUUUGAGAGAAUGCUGAUUGUUAUAAAAGGUGAACACGUUUUGUUUUUAAGGUAUACAAAAAAAAUCAAAUGAAAUACAAGCAAAUCUGGGACACAUUCCUUUCCUUUCACAGUCUAUGAGGACAUAAGCACAGAACCACUGAAAAAUGAGAGGUCUGUCUUGUUGCCUUCCAUGUUUGUCACUUCAUGCUAAAAUUUGUUUAACAGUGGAUGUAUGUUUCUGCUUAUAUAUGCAUCUAUUUAUGCUACCAUGCUUGUAAAUAUUUCUUCCUGCUUUGGUAGGGAGGGAAUCCUCCCUCUCAACUCUUCGUGUCAGCCUAAGAGAUAUUGGUAGUUUAAAGUCAGAUUUCAUUAACUCCAUAUAUUCUUAGCUAUGCAAAGUCAUGUCUAGAAAAUUUUCUCUUUGACGUGUAUGUAAGUUAAACAACUGUAAAACAAGCCUUGUGAGACCUCUUCUCAUUUUAAACAGUUCAAUCAGUGUCUGUAAUUUAACAAUGUACUUAACUAAUACUCCUUAACAGAAUUUUAUUCCCAGGCACACUCUCAGUUGUUUUUUUUUUUGACACUAGAAGGCUAAAUUUCCCUGCUACCCAUGUGUACCUUGAGAGCAUAGAGGCAACAGAACCAGCUUUCCCGUGAACAAAGAUAACUGCCUUCCACUAUUUCCAGUCCUUAUCCUGCUAACGCAUGCUUACGUGCUUAGAGUCAGAUGUGAAUUAAUUUUGGUGGGAUUAGGUAAAAAGAUGUAUGUGUUGGCAGGAUUCGGAUCUAAGGGUUUUUUUUUUUUAAUAAUCUUUCAAACAUUGGGUAAGUAAAUUAUAAGACUAAUAUAAUUACAUACUGAAUCAAUAUAAGGUGCUCAACUUGCAAAAGAAUAUUUGUUACUGAAAUGACAACUCAAAGGUGACCCAAACUUUUAUUUGCCUUUAUCAUUAAGGUGUACAGCUUCCUUUGCUUUAAUCUGUUUUUGACAUUUUUUUUUAAACAUGAUCUUAAUGUACAAUUUACUGUUCCAAAUACAUUCACACCAAAACAUUGCUGACAUUGUGGGCCUUGCAGCUUUUUCGUUCAUGUGUGUUAUGAGGUGCUGCUAUGCCUGUGUUGCUAAUAGAAUAGAUCUGCUGUAAACAGGCUUCCAUUUAUGAUUUUAUAUGAACACUAUGAGGAUAGGGUUGUCUAAUGGUAGCAAGCUGCUUUUCCAAUGCAUUAUGCAAACUUGCAACUUCUGUUUUUUAUUUUUUUAAAAGGUUGAUGUGAAUCAAAGUGUGCGUGCUUGAAGGAUUUGCUGCUUAGAGCAUGACUGAAUUUUCUUGUUUAAAAUGCCAUUGCUAUGCAAUGAACAGAAUCAAGGAGCCACAUCAUUCAACUCUGCGUUGCCUUGCAGUCAGGUUGAUGUUAGGUUUGUCUUAGUGUAUGCGACUCUUCGGCAUCACUUAAAAUGUAAUUAGAGAGCCUUGAAAUAGUGAAAAUUCCUGAAGGAGCUGCUGAUCUUCAGUUAAACAACCAGAAGUCCUUUACUUCUGAUUCUAUUUCAUAUACUGGCUUUUUAGCAGUAACAACAUAACUAGCAAUGGAAUAUAGUAGAUGACUUGUGAUGAUGUAAACUCUGCAGCUCCCAUUUCACCAUGAGUAAUGCUUUACAUGCAUGCUCCAAGUGCUUGCAUGCAGAGCUAACUUGACCAUACUUCUAUAUACACAGUACUUACAAGCGCAUUUGAUAAAACAAAGCUAGAUACGAAAGAUAGCCAUAUUUUUCAGCUUACAGAAUUGAACACCUGAUUAUGAUCUAAUCUAAACUUUUAAUUUUUUGGAAUGGAUGAGUAAGAAGUAUCAUGGGUGAGUUCAUUUCCCAAAGCAUGCGUGAGCCAAUCUCAAUAAGGCUGAGAAAUGUCCUUAAAAUGUUUUUCUUCUCAUCACUGUUGAGGUUUUCAUCUAGUGGAGAAAUUUAGUUUCCAAAGGAUGUUUGUGUUUGAUUCUUGCUGUUUAAGCCAAUAAACUUGCAAUGAACAGAAAAAAGCAAGCGUUCAUUUCUUAUACCUAUUUUACAAGUGACAAUCCCAAAGAAGGAAUGUUGUCUUAAUAAUUGUGAAACUUUUAAGUAAAAUGCAUGCAAAGAAAACCCUGUGCCAAAAUACUGUUUCAUAUUUCCCUCUGUUGGAAACUGAAAUGUUACAUAAAGCUACUAGUAAGUUAUUCACAAGUGUUGAAACAUUUUGUUCACCAGUGAAGCACUUCUUUACUCCUGUAAAUUAUACAUAUUUUGGAAUAAAGUCAACUUCAAUCUA